UUAUCCUAACCACUGUUCAGAGUGCUUAAAGAAAGUUGCUGAGGUGAAUAUCCACCAUGGAGUGGCUCAAUAUAAUCUUCACUAUCUACGCCAUCUUCGCCGCCUUCUACUUGUACGUGAAGUACAAGCAAUCCUAUUGGGACCGCGAAGGAGUGCCUUCUGUUAACACUAUGUUCUUGCUGGGAACAAGUGGCGCAAGCUUGAUUAAUCGCAUUCCCUUUAUAUUUAACUUCCACCAAGUGUACAAAGAAUUGAAGGCUAAAGGCAAAUUUGGAGGGCUUUACACCUUCACGUCGCCCGCAAUAAUGUUCAUUGACCCCAACCUUAUCAAGACUGUUCUUGUUAAAGACUACCAUCACUUUGAGGACCGCGGAUUCUACGUCAACGAGAAAAGCGAUCCGCUCACGGCUCAUUUGUUCUCCUUAUCUGGAAGUAAAUGGAAAAAUUUGAGAGCUAAACUCUCUCCAACAUUCACCAGUGGUCGAAUGAAGAUGAUGUUCCCGAUAGUCAGUGGCAUUUCUAAUCAAUUCGAGAGGGUUUUCAGAGAGCAAGUCGCGAAAGAUAGCACAGUCGAGAUUAAAGAUCUUCUGGCUAAAUUUACUAUGGAUGUUAUUGGAAACUGCGCAUUCGGACUCGAGUGUAACAGUCUCAAGGAUCCGAAUACAGAAUUCAAAAACUACGGUUUCCAAGCAAUCUAUAGACCAAGUCUUGACGGAAUCAAACAAGCCUUUCUGAAUGCUUUCCCAAAAGUCGGGAAAUUCUUUGACAUGUUGCUCCUAAACCCUGAAGUUUCAGAAUUUUACAUGAGAGUUGUUCGUGAAACAGUGGAGCAUCGAGAGAAACACAGCAUUGAGAGAAAUGAUUUCAUGAACCUUUUGAUUGGCCUUAAGAACAGUCAAAGUGAGAGUGAGAAGUUAACUUUGAAUGAAGUUGCAGCACAAGCUUACAUAUUCUUUCUGGGUGGAUUUGAAACUUCCUCAACAACUAUGAUGUACUGUCUUUACGAAUUGGCUCUGAAUCCAGAUAUUCAGGAGAAAACCCGCGAACACAUCAAUCAAGUUCUGCAAAAGCACAACAACGAAUUCACCUACGAGGCGAUGAUGGACAUGCCAUAUUUAGAACAGGUCAUCAAUGAAACACUGAGAAAAUACCCUAUUGUAACUCACUUGUUGAGAAUUUGCAAGGAAGACUACCCAAUUCCGGAUGAUAAAUAUACAGUCAAGAAAGGCACGAACGUUUAUAUUCACGUCUACAGUAUUCAUCGUGAUCCUGAGUACUAUCCAAACCCGGAUAAGUUCGAUCCCGAGAGAUUCACCAAGGAAGCUAUUGCAUCACGACCUCAAUUCACAUUUUUACCAUUCGGCGAUGGGCCUAGAAUUUGCAUAGGACUCCGUUUUGCCAUGAUGCAGAUGCGCGUUGGACUUGUGGCACUUCUACAGAGUCUGAAGUUCUCUCCCUGUGGAAUGACAGAUAUUCCAUUGGAAGGAUAUCCACUCACGAUGCCUUUUCUGGUGCUUGAGAAAGGUAUUUACUUGAAAGCAGAAAAAAUCUAGUUUCCUCUCAAUCUUAUGUACAACAUUUGAGUAAAACUAAAAGGAAAGCAGUGUUGUUUAAGUUCCAUUCCAAACUUAGGGCUAGAGGUGAAGCUCUGAAUCGCAAGUAUAGAAAAUAGUUAUAAAUUAAGAGCUCCUUCUUGCCUUCCAAUCAAUUUUUGUCUGGUUUUCAAUGGAAUUAUCAUAUUUACUCUGGUUGCGAAACACAUAAAUUCUUCACAAUAUUUAUGAAUAUCAAUUUGUUUCUGAAAUUUUGCUCUGUUAUUUCUUCUCUCUCGCUUUGAAUUUUAUUUUCUUCGGCUCCACCAUGCUGUGUUUUAUAUUCAGCCCCAGAAAAAACACCCUCUCAAGACCCUUUUUGCACCUCAUUUACUUCUCAAUGCAGAUGCAGAAGAGUCGUAACGCGGAGUUGUACGGAACAAUAUCAUAUGCUGUGUACACUCGCUACUGUCGACGGGAGAUUUCACCGGCACGGACUAUCUCGGCUUUCUGGUGAGGUGAAUGCGAAAAUGUUCAUCAAUCCUAUGGUGUUGCUCAACACAUUCCGCUCCGGCUGCCGACGAUGAGAUACGGAAAAAGGUAAAUGGGAAAAGCUCAUUCACCUCUAAUUCAAUUUCAGGGUAUGUCUCACCGUUCCACCCUCAAGGCACGGCACUUGGAAUGCCUCAGUGGAAUUCCCCAGGACGCCAUAAGGUGUGAAUACAAAAUUUACAGCGCAACCGAAAGGGUUGGCGUCGAUGCAGCCUCAGUGAAACUCGUGUGAUUCUGGCAACAGCCAAAGAGAGCAGCGAUAAUCCCUGAAU